UAGAAUAUGAUACGAUUAUCAAAUCGUGUCUUUUAUCUUUCACAGCAAACAAACUCUUAAAAACUCAUUCUUUAAUAUUUAAAAAAGAAAAAGACCAUCGUAAACUACUCUUGAUUCUUACGCAAACACAAAAAAAGGAAGAAACCCUAUGUUUGUGUAGUAUAUUUUUGCUCCGUGUGUUGGUGGAAGAACAAACGAUAGAAAAUAAAUACUAAACUUUUACUUCUUGAUUCUUUUGUCUCUACUAUUCUUGAUUUUUGAUUUGUACGAGAUUACGAUACGAUGAUCCUAGCAGCAGCAGAGAAGAUUGUUGGAGUAAUAGGGCACUUGUUUCCUCCGUUCCGACGAGCAUUCGAACAACACUUGUUUCCUCCGUCACAACACCACCGCCAAAGAAGAUUAGUUUUUUACGAUGAUGAUGAUGAUGUUGAUGAUGAUGAAGGAAACAAUUACAAUAAUAGACAAAUGUGGGUUAUUUGUCCAUUCAACGAUUGUUCAGUUUCGUUGCUGAAUGAUGGGUCUGAAAUUGUGAUAAAUGCAGAGUGCCCUUCUUGUCACAGACUAUUCUGUGCAAAUUGCAAUGUUCCAUGGCAUUCAGGACUCAACUGUCAACAAUUUCAACAAAAAUUGAAAUUCUCUCAGUAUGAAAUCGUCGAUUCUUGCCGAAACCACAUUCCAAAGAAGAGAAAAUUUGUUUUUGAUGAUGAUGAUAAGAAGAAGAAAAAGGCCGCCAACUGUUCGACGAAUUGUUCUUUUGAAAAAUGUUGUUCAGAAUUGAAGGUUGAAGAAGAAGAUUUGCAAGCUUCUAUUAUUGGGUGCCAAAAGACUACUUAUUGCCCUUUUAAGAAUUGUUCAAUUUUGUUGGUGAGUGAUUUGGAUGAAGGUGUUACCAGUGCGGAGUGUCCUUCGUGUCAUAGGCUAUUUUGUGCGCAAUGUAAGGUUCCGUGGCAUGGAGGAAUCAACUGUCAGGAAUUCCAACAACAAAAAUUGAAAUGCUUUAUGUAUAAUGUUCCAAACUAUGAUGAGAAGAACAAGAAGGGGAAAGCAGCCAUAACAUCCAUUGAGACCGAGACCAGUUGUCGACAGUCACCAAAAUCCUUUUGUGGUAUAUGCUAUGAUUUCAUACCAGAGAACGAUAUUGUUAGAGGAAGUGGCACAUGCAAUCACCCCUUUUGUGCCAAUUGUAUAUCUAACCAUGUGGCUGAACAACUAAGCCGGAGUAUAAUGGAGUUUAACUGUCCAAAUCCAAGAUGUUUCGAGGAGCUGAAGCCGCAACAUUUGCAUCCCAUUUUGCCCCAAGAAGUCAUUGUUCGAUGGGAAUCUGAAAGGCUAGUCUUACAUUGCCCGGUGAUCUGAAUUAAAAGGCGUUCUAGGUUUACAACGAUUUAUUUCUUUUUGGAUAUAUUGGGUUUUCUUUCUUCAAUGUUGAUAUCAAACUCUGUCUAUUAGGCUUUAGUUUUAUGUUUUAUACACACAUGCCAUGAAAUGUGUAUCAGAGUUUUCUAUCAAUGGAUAAACACUAUUUUCUUCUAUGUUUUGAUCUAGUUUCAAUGGUAAUUUGUAGACGAACUUUUAUUUAAUCAAAAUUGGUUAUUCAACUA